CUCACUCACUCACUCACUCACUCACUCACUCACUCCUGCGGACAGGCCCAGCGACCAGCGAUGCAGCGCCCAGCACCCGCUCAGCUUGCAUCGUUCACUGGCAAUGAGCGCGUACGGCGUGGACAAGCCCAGGCGCGCCGCCUUGCCUGCACGUCUGGCGUCGCGUGAGACACGAUGCCUGCAAAAGCCCACCACCUUGCCAGCGUCACGAUCGAGGAUCUCUGUCGCCCUUCUCCCUUUGGCCUUGGGCGUUCUUCUCAUCCUUGCUUGCAAGCCAAAACCGCCCGUUCGCGCUGUUUACUUCGCUCCACCCUUGAAACAAAAGGAAGGCAAGCCGCCUGCCGUCGCUUGCGUGUGCGUCGAAACAAACUCUCUUGACCCCAGCGCCGUGAGGUCCUUUGCCGCACAGCUGCGAUGCCUGCCAACGUCACUCGCUGCCCUUCUGCCAGCGCGUCUCGGGCUAAGAGCUGCAUCUUGAUGUCAGAGCGCCGGAACCUCGCGGCUCACUACACAGCACUCGCGGGCGCUCCGCUCAGAGAGCCGCGCCUACACUGCUCCCCGUGCUCGACUCGCACCACGGGUACGCGAUCAAAACGCAGCAGCGUGCUGACGGAUCGUGUCCCACGGCCGAGGUGCUCGAACGAAACAACCGACCGCCCAACCAUGGCAUCGCGCGACAUGCUCGUGCUGCGAUCUUGUGAUGGAGCCCUGAUGCUCCUCCUGCGCUGCUCUUGCAUCGCCGCCCCUGCCUCAGGGUCCUCACCGACAAGCUGCUCCUGCCACUGGCUGCACCGCCAGAGAUCGUUUGGCGCCUUGUCACUUGUGCUCGUGCCAGCCCUCGGAUGCUCGGGCCAGGCCUGUCCCGAGUUCAGCCCUGCGCAAGGCUCAUCGUGCCCAACGCACGCAAUCCCACAAUCCACGGUCCUGUGCACAGUACAGAGGUACUUCGUGCAGACCCGAUGCAUCUCCGACCACCCUUCACGCCGGCUUUUGGCCUGAACCUGAGCGCUCGGCCACCGCCAUCCCAGACGGUGUGACGGCCCUUUUCAUUUCUGCUUUGUCGUCCCAUGGGCCACCGAGAACCAUCUCCACCUACCUCUCCAACGAUGAGUGAGAACCAGCUGAUCACGGCUAUUUGAACUUUGCUGUUGUCCUUACUCAAGGUUGAUGCACAAGACGUCAAACCAACGGGCCACAACAUGCGGCAGAGUAAUUCUCAGCCGUUAAAACGGUAGUGUGCUUAUGCCACAUGAGGUGACGAACCUCAUUCGCGAUGUGUAGACUUCCCUCGACAGUCUUCCGAGCAGCCAAAAUAUAGAUUGCGCGCAAAAUCGUGACUCCAAGUCUGAUCAAAUUUAGAACCAAACGACAGGGCAAAUAGUGCAGCGAAAUGGGCAUGCGCACCAAGGCGUCCAAAUACAAGGACCUUGUCAAUCGGCAUAUACGUAUGUCAAAUCUUCUCAGAAUGAGUCAAGGGAGCAAUACGUUGGAAUCAAAACAGCACGAGACACUGUUGGAAGAUGUGUAUCUUUAAUAUACUUUGUCUAGCCUAGUUGCCCACGCACUGCAGGGGAGCCUGUGGAACACUAUAUAAAACCUUUUCUCGCUGGUGAUUCCACGCCCGUGAAGAAGCGCUCAGGUGUGGUGAAUGCGCUCGUUUACUUGGUCUCGUCG